AUGACGGGCAAAGCGGGCGCGGCGCUGGCCCCCAGCCUGCCCGGCAAGCCCAAGCCCGACGGCGCGGCCGCCGCCCCCGCCGCCCCGCCACUGCCUCCGCCGCCCCCCGCGGCUGGGGUCAAGUCCAACUCCGGGCCCACCCCUCCCCGCUGCACCGGCUUCGGCAUCCAGGAGAUCCUGGGCUUGAACAAGGAGCCGCCGUCGCACCCUCGGGCCGCCCUGGACUCUCUGCCCGCCGGGCACCUGCUGGCGGCCCGCUCCGUACUCAGUCCCGCCGGGGUGGGCGGCGUGGGCAUGGGGCUGCUGGGCGCCAGCGGCAUCCCCGGCUUUUACACCCAGCCCACCUUCCUAGAGGUGCUCUCCGACCCUCAGAGCGUCCACCUGCAGCCCCUGGCCCGGGCCCCCGGGCAGCUGGACAGCAGCCAGACGGCCAGCUCAGAUUCCGAGGAUGUCUCCUCCAGCGACCGAAAAAUGUCCAAAUCCUCCCUAAAUCAGAGCAAGAAACGAAAGAAGAGGCGGCACAGGACAAUCUUCACAUCCUAUCAACUGGAGGAGCUGGAAAAAGCCUUCAAUGAGGCCCACUAUCCUGACGUGUAUGCUAGAGAGAUGUUGGCCAUGAAAACAGAGUUGCCAGAAGACAGGAUACAGGUUUGGUUCCAGAACCGGCGGGCCAAAUGGCGGAAGAGGGAGAAGUGCUGGGGCAGGAGCAGUGUGAUGGCUGAGUACGGGCUCUACGGUGCCAUGGUGCGUCACUCCAUCCCGCUGCCUGAGUCCAUCCUCAAGUCUGCCAAGGAUGGCAUCAUGGAGUCCUGUGCCCCUUGGCUCCUGGGGAUGCACAAAAAGUCUCUGGAGGCAGCGGCUGAGGCGGGGAGGAAGACAGAGGUGGAGCGCCAGGCCCUGCCCAAGCUUGACAAAGGUGACAAGGAAGAAAGGGGUCCUGAUCCCAAAACCACCAUUUCCCAGGAGGAACUGAGAGAAAACAGCAUUGCUGCCCUCAGGGCCAAAGCUCAGGAGCACAGCACCAAAGUCCUGGGGACCAUUGCUGGGGACAGCCCAGCCCCAGGCAGGAAGCCGGAGACAGGGGAGGAGGCGGCAGUGGCAGAGGAUGAGAGACAGACGGAGAAGUUGAACUCAUCGCAGAAGGAGGAGAAGCUGAUCUAGGGGCAAUAGAGGUGGCAGAAGCCAGCCCCGACAGACACUGUGUCCUC